AUGCUGGCCAGUCUUGAGCAUCUCCGAUUUCGUCCAUCGUAUAUUUUCCGUUGUCAGUUGGUUGCAGCUUCUUCUGCCUGCUCGACUCCGCGGGUCUUGCAUCCCCUCAGCUACGAGUGGCUCAAGCGCUCUGAACGGCCGACUGCAAGUCUCCAAAGAAAUUGUGUAUUGGCCUCUGCCAGUAUGUCAGCCAAGGCUAUGCUAUCCUGUGUCCUGGCGGCCUGCGCGGCGUCCUCCCGCGCCGAGCGCACCCAGAUGGUCAUGGCGCCCGACGCCGCGUCUCUGCUGGACCCGCUGGACCUGGCCGUCGCCGAGUCCGGAGGCGAUUCCCUGAUGUCCGUGGUGAGCUCCGCGGUGCGCGCCCUGGCCACGAACCAGACCGUGACGCCCGACGCGGCCGUGACCAACGACGCGCCCCCCGAGGUCAGCCCCACUGCCAUCGAGAAGGCCGUUACCAAAGAGGAGGCCACUAUCGCCGGGAAGAACACCACCGUGGAGAAGGACCCCGUCGAAGACCUCGCCGAGCAUGUCGAGGGGAGCCUCGAGUACAAGGCCCUGGACGACUGGCGCACCGCGGCCUCGGGCCAGGUGGACGGGGUCGUCUCCCAGGAGAGGGACCAGCUGGACCCGGCCGCCACCGAGGGCCUCCGCGCGGCCGAGAAGUACGCCCAGAUGCUGAAGGGCCUCGGCAACGGCUUCGACACCUUCAGGGGCGCCCUCGCCGACUUCCGCGCCGCCAACCGGGGGCUGCAGGGCCGCCAGAACCAGGAAGUGCGCGAGACGCUCCAGGCCGCCCGGGCCGAGGCCGAGGGCACCGUCAACGCCACCGGGACGCCAGGUGUGGCGCCGGAGAAGCUGGACGUGGUCAAGCACGAGGUCACCCCCGAGGUGGUGCACGAGGCAAAGGCGGUGACAGAGAGUGACGUCGAGGAUAUCACCCGUGAGGCGGAUAAGCUGACGGGCCACUCUGAAGGCGAGGUGGCAGAGGAAGACGCACUCGAGAGCGGCAGCGUCGUGCGCAAGGAGACGGCCAAGGAAGCUGCGGACGGCCUCGCUAACAUUGAAGAGCAGAUAAAGAACGGCGAGGUCACUGCUGAUACCGCGGUCGUCGAGGAAUCCGUGAAGAAGCUCGUCGCCGAGGAGGAGGAGCAGCAGAAUCGCAUCACCACGGCGUGCUUCGCCCUUGCGGACAGCCCCCUCAGCGGCGACAAACGGACGUGCAAGGCCGACGUUGUAAACGGGAUAAUCGAGAAGAACGCCUGCGAGGGCCACGAUCAUGACCUUAAGGCUGCUUGCAACGCCGCCUCCAAGUGCGAGUCGAAGCACGUCUGCGUAAAGGACGGGACCGUGGUCGCGGACACCGACGGGAGCUGGAAGGUGAACGACAGCCCAACGUGCGAGGCAGGGGAUGCGGAGUCGAUCUGCGUGCCGAAGGCCGGCAGCUACAAGCUCCCCGUCGCGCCGUGA